AUGGAUGAGAAACGCCCUGCUCCACGAGCCAUGUCGCCGCCUCGUUCCCUCCGUCGCAGUCGACCUACCCUCACAAUAGCCUUCGUGAUAGCUGUUGUCUAUACAUUCUGGAUAUGGCAGCCUUUCAACCCCAUACUUGACCAAACGAUGGUCGCUAUCACGAACAACGAUGUUCAUACUGCCGAUAAACUCGUACCACUGGAGGCACACAUCAUGAGUAAAUGUCCCGACGCAAAGGUAAACGCCUACCCAUCUAUGUGCAAAAUAACAAAUGCUCAAUAUCUCCAGGAUGGGCUGGAACUACUAGUACUGCCCGUGAUGCAACGCGUUCAUGAUAAGGUUAACUUCACUUUAUCUUACAUUGGCCGGCCAACUGCCAACGACGGUGUCGACUGCAUGCAUGGCCCUUCAGAAUGCAUGGGCAACAUCAUCGAGCUCUGCGCCCGCGAACUCUACCCCGAUCCCAAGAUCAACCUCGGCUUCAUCAUGUGUCUAAGCCGCGACUACAGUGAAAUCCCCGAACGCUCCCUCGUCGAAGACUGCGCUCUUGAGUCCGCGAUCGAUUUCCAGCAACUUAACGACUGCGCUGUAAGGGAGGACGGUGCCUAUGGUUUGAGCCUCCUACGGGAUAGCAUCAAGAGAACUGCAGAUGUAUACCACACUCGUCUCUAA